ACUGGUCGCGGGGCGCUCACAUGUAUAAAACCAGCGCUUCUUCAGGGAAAAUGCAGGCUGCUAUUAUAACGGAAUUCUCUACGCCGAGGGAUUGAAAGUUUCGCCGCCGUCGUCGUCGCCGUCGCCGUCGCGGCGAUCUCUGUGAGGAUUUUUGCUCCGAGGAUUUGGAGAAAUGGUGGAUGAGUGUGCGUUGGGUUGGAUCUUGGCGGCCGCGCUGGGCGCCGUGAUUGCGCUUUGUUUGUUCGUUGCUCCGAAGACGAACAAUCAGGACGGAGGAGUGGAUUCCAAGGCCACGCCGGAAUGCGUCCAAACCACUAAUGGAGAAUGCAGAUCCGACGGCGACAGCGACGUUAUCAUCGUCGGAGCCGGUGUUGCCGGUUCCGCUCUUGCUCACACUCUCGGCAAGGAUGGUCGUCGAGUUCACGUGAUCGAAAGAGAUUUGACAGAGCCCGACAGAAUCGUUGGCGAACUGUUACAGCCCGGGGGUUACCUCAAAUUGAUCGAGUUAGGACUUGCGGACUGCGUUGAAGAGAUUGAUGCACAAAGAGUGUAUGGCUAUGCCCUUUUCAAGGAUGGAAAGAACACUCGGCUCUCUUAUCCAUUGGAAAAAUUUCACUCUGAUGUAUCUGGGAGAAGCUUUCACAAUGGCCGCUUCAUUCAGAGAAUGAGGGAGAAGGCUGAUUCCCUUCCCAAUGUGAGACUGGAGCAAGGGACGGUUACUUCACUGCUUGAGGAGAAGGGAACGAUCAAAGGUGUGCAGUAUAAGUCUAAAGAUGGUAAAGAAAAAACAGCAUAUGCACCACUGACCAUUGUCUGUGAUGGCUGCUUCUCAAACCUGCGCCGCUCCCUUUGCAACCCAAUGGUUGAUGUUCCCUCUUGUUUUGUGGGAUUGGUUCUGGAGAAUUGCCAGCUUCCUUUUGCAAAUCAUGGGCAUGUUGUUCUCGGAGACCCUUCUCCUAUUUUGUUCUAUCCCAUUAGCAGCACCGAGAUCCGUUGCCUGGUUGAUGUUCCUGGGCAGAAGGUUCCUUCUAUAUCAAAUGGUGAAAUGGAGAAGUAUUUGAAGACUGUAGUAGCGCCUCAGGUUCCUCCUCAAAUCUACGACGCCUUUAUAGCUGCUAUAGACAAGGGUAAUAUAAGGACAAUGCCAAACAGAAGCAUGCCUGCUGCUCCCCACCCGACGCCCGGUGCCUUACUAAUGGGGGAUGCAUUCAACAUGCGCCACCCUCUCACUGGUGGAGGAAUGACCGUAGCAUUGUCUGAUAUCGUCGUACUGAGGAACCUCCUCAAGCCUCUCAAAGACUUGCAUGAUGCACCAACUCUUUGCAAGUAUCUCGAAUCCUUUUACACCCUGCGAAAGCCAGUGGCUUCUACCAUCAACACGUUGGCAGGGGCAUUAUACAAGGUGUUUUGUGCAUCCCCAGAUCAAGCUAGGAAGGAAAUGAGACAAGCUUGCUUUGAUUAUCUGAGCCUUGGUGGGAUGUUCUCAAAUGGACCUGUCUCCUUGCUUUCAGGAUUGAAUCCUCGCCCCUUAAGCCUGGUUCUCCAUUUCUUUGCCGUGGCAAUAUAUGGAGUUGGCCGCUUACUGUUUCCAUUUCCUUCACCGAAAGGAAUCUGGAUUGGAGCUAGAUUGAUCUAUAGUGCAUCAGGGAUCAUAUUUCCAAUUAUAAAGGCCGAAGGAGUUAGACAGAUGUUCUUCCCUGCAACUGUUCCUGCUUAUUACCGAAGUCCACCAGCUCUUAAACCAGUAGCAUGAUGAAGAAGAAGAUGAUGAUGAUGCAGAAGGAUUCAAAAUGGUGGGCAUUGUUUGUAUCAUAUCUUCUGAAGAGAAAGAGAGGUGAUUUUUUUGUUCGUAGAUUUUGGUUUUACUUUUAGUUGGGUUAAUAAACUCUACCUAUGGAUCAAAGACUCACUCAGGGGUGUACAUAUUUGUAAUUCAUUCAAAAGAGAACCCCCCACAAUCAAUGUAAUUUCGGACUGUAUUUGGGAAAGCUUUAAUUUAGAGUAUCAAAACUUCUUCUAAGAUAGAAGAAUUAUGAAA